AUGUGGGGUGGUUUUGCGCGGCUGGGCCGGACAGCCUUUGUUUUACUUACACAGCGGACAUCACUGCGGGCGAACGGCGGCGGGCGAGGGGCGAGCCAGUUGGCCUGGACCCGCCGGAAGAGCUUCCUUCUGAGACCGGAGUUGGCGGUAGGCGAUGGUCCUCUCUGCAGUUCAGGCUAUCUAAACCCCGAAAGAGUGAUCAUUUGCCACUUUUGCAGUUCUGAAGAUCUUAAUAUUGCUUACAAAGAAUUCAAGGACUUGCUGGAAUCAAAGGCCAUUUUGCUUAUUGAUGUUAGAGAGAAACGGGAAAUUCAAGAAUAUGGGAAAAUCCCUGGAUCCAUCAGCAUUCCAUUGCGUGAGGUUGUGGAGGCUUUACAGAUGGACCCAGAACAUUUUAAAGAAAGAUACAAUCAAGAUAUGCCUUCUAAAUCAGACCAUUUAGUCUUUUCCUGUCUGGGAGGCGUGAGAAGCAGCCAAGCUCUGGCUGCUGCAAAGUCUCUGGGUUUCCACAGAGCUCAGCAUUAUGGUGGUGGCUUCGAAGAAUGGGCAAAGUAUGAAUCUUCAGGGGGAAAAUGACUUCUGGGAUUAUUCAGCAUCCUGAAACUGUACAGGGCAAUGCCUAGCAUCCCUUAUCUUAAUGUUCUAUGCACAUUGAGAACUUUUUUAUGUCUUAAGACAGCAAGAAAUAAUUUAUGCUUGUUUCCAGUAUUUAUUCUGACUUUUCAACAUUAUGGAAAUCUUUUUCAAAGAUCCUGAAAGUUUGAAAAAUUCCCUCUUAAAUAAAGUUCUUUAACUUAAGAAGUUUGCAGUGGAUCAUUCUGCUAGUUUAACCAUAGUAAUUCUUUGUUUCUCUUAACAGUGGAAUGGAUUUUGCCUUUAAAUAUAUUAGGUUGGAAUCAGAUUUUGUCAAUCUUAAAUUGGAACCAUUGAAAUCAAUGAGACUUAAGUUAAUCAUGGCUACCUUGAGUCUAC